GGGGAAUGCACACACAAAGCACACAACGAAGCAACAGACAAAGCAACAGUGCUCAUGCACACCACCAUUCACCACACCAUUCACCACACCAUUCACCCAACAUCAUGCUUGUGCUCGGUGUGCGUGUAGCGCGGCUGGCGACCAGCGCUGGCCAAUACAAAGGAUACAAGGCGGUCGUGGCAUCUAUUGCUGGACGGGCAGCAGCAGCAGCAGCAGCACCAACGAUCGCUUCACAGCACAGGCUCGCGUCGUCGAGUCGUAACAAUCAGGAAACAGCACACACUCCGUCUGCCAAGCAACAGCAGCAACAAGAAGAACAACAAGAUGAAGCAGUGCCGACUGCGGCGCCCACCAUCCAACAGCAGGUGGUGCGCGCGAUCCCCGGGAUCGUGGCCUGCGGCGCGGUGAUGGAGCUUGGUUUUGCGGCGGCAGACCAGUUGGGACAGGUGCUGCUUGCCGUGCAAGGGAUUGAGGGCGCUGGCAAGUCACCCAUCUCCGGCAUCCCGCUGGCCAUCAUCAUGGGCAUGCUGAUUAAGAACAGCCCGCUGUGGUCUCGCGCCGCGCCGCUGGGGCCUGGCAUUUCCUUCUGCAAGGACAAGCUGCUCAAGGCCGGCAUCGUGUGCGUGGGUGCGAAGCUGUCUGCGCUGGAGGUGGCCGCUGUUGGCGCCGCCGGUGUGCCUGCGGCCCUGGCGGCCGUGAGCGUGGGCCUGCUCACUGUGCCGCGCCUCGCCCGCGCGUUUGGCCUGCCGGAGAAGAUGGGCGCGCUGAUCGCCACGGGGACCAGCAUCUGUGGCGUGACAGCCAUCUCCGCGCUCUCCCCGGCCAUCCGCGCCACGCAGACAGACACGGCCUUUGCCGUGGCCAAUGUUGUGGCGUUUGGCACCAUCAACAUGCUGCUCAUGCCCUACAUGGCCCACGCGCUGCUGCCAACCAGCGAACAGGCGGGCAUCUUCCUUGGCCUGGCUGUGCACGACACAGCGCAGGUUGUUGGCUCUGCACUCACAUACCAGCAGCUUUACGCCGACGACGUGGCGUUCCAAGCAGCCGUUGUCACCAAGCUCUCCCGCAACAUGCUCCUGGUGGGCGUGAUCCCCUACAUGACUUGGGCCUACGCAGACAAAACCAAUGGUGGCAACGGCAGCAAUAGCAGCAGCGGUAGCAGCAGUGGCGCGGGUAACAAGGUGCCAGGUCCAGCGGCAGCUGCAACAGCAGCGGUAGGAGCGGCAGGAGCUGCAGCCUCAACGGCAACCACGAGGUCAGCGCUGCACACGGUGGCACACAACCUGCGCAAGUAUGUUCCGUCGUUUGUGAUUGGCUUUGCCAGCAUGUCGCUUGCGCGCUCCAUUGGCGACUACACGCUGGCCGAGGCCGGCAUGGCGUACGGGCUGCUCGACAAGGAGGCGUGGCGGCAGGUGGUCAACACAGUGAGCGGGGACGUGGGCUCGCGGGUGCUGCUCGGCACGGCCAUGGCGGCGGUGGGGAUGUCCACGUCGUUUGCGGGCCUGCGCAGCGUGGGCUGGAAACCGUUUGCCGUGGGCCUUUCUGGCGCCGUUCUCGUCUCCGGCACGGGCUUUGCAGCCGCGCUCGCUCUUCCCGCACUCGCCGGAGCAUAGCAGCACGUGCGCCGUGUGGGUUGUGUGAGUGAGUGAGUGAGUGAGUGUGUGUGUGUGUGUGUGCGCGCGUGUGUGUAUGAGUGAGUGAGUGUGUUGUGUGUGUGUGCGUUGUGUGUGUGUGUAUGUGUGUAUGUGUAUGCGAGUGUGUGCGUGUGUGCGCGCGGCUGUUGUGGGGAUUAUGUGAUAUCUCCCUGUACUUCUCUGACCUGUCUUUGGCUUUGUGCAUGUUCGUGGUCCCCUUCGUUUCCUAUCUCCUCCCCCCUCUCUGUCUGUCUGUCUCCCUUAUCGUGGCAGUGCGUGUGCGUGUGCCUGUACUUGACGUUGCAGCGCGCAAGCUGUUGUGUUGCAUUCGGCGAUGCACCGAUAAACGAAACCGAGUGGC